AUGGACAGCCCGUGCCAGCCAAAGCCCCUGAGUCAGGCUCUCCCUCAGUUGCCGGGGUCUGCACCUGAGCCCUUGGAGCCUGGCCGGGCCAGGAUGGGGGUGGAGAGUUACCUGCCCUGUCCCCUGCUGCCCACCUACCACUGUCCAGGAGCAUCUGGUGAGGCCUCAGCAGGAAGUGGGACCCCCAGAGCCACAGCCACCUCCACCUCGACCAGCUGUCUGAGGGAGGGCUUCGGCGGGCAGGAUGGCGGUGAGCUGCGGCCACUGCGGAGUGAAGGCGCUGCGGCACUAGUCACCAAGGGGUGCCAGCGACUGGCGGCUCAGGGUGCCCGGCCUGAGGCCCCAAAGCGGAAGUGGGCAGAGGAUGGUGGGGAUGCCCCUGCACCCAACAAACGGCCCUGGGCCAGGCAGGAGCACCAGGAGGCAGAGGAGGAAGGUGGCAGGGCCUGUGGCAGUGGCAGCGGUGAGGCAAGUGCCGGGCUGAGGGCAGAGGCGCUGCCCGCCACACAUGAGCGCCUGGCCCUGGACUACAUUGUGCCCUGUAUGCGGUACUACGGCAUCUGCGUCAAGGACAGCUUCCUGGGGGCAGCACUGUGUGGUCGGGUGCUGGCUGAAGUGGAGGCCCUUAAGCGAGGCGGGCGCCUAUGUGAUGGGCAGCUCGUGAGCCAGCGGGCUAUCCCACCACGAAGCAUCCGUGGGGACCAGAUUGCUUGGGUAGAAGGCCAUGAGCCAGGCUGCCGGAGCAUCGGUGCCCUCAUGGCGCAUGUGGAUGCGGUAAUCCGGCACUGUGCUGGGCGGCUGGGUGGCUACAUCAUCAACGGGCGCACCAAGGCCAUGGUGGCGUGUUACCCUGGCAACGGGCUGGGGUACGUGAGGCAUGUUGACAAUCCCCACGGCGACGGGCGUUGCAUCACCUGUAUCUAUUACCUGAAUCAGAACUGGGACGUCAAGGUGCAUGGUGGUCUGCUGCAGAUCUUCCCUGAGGGCCGGCCUGUGGUAGCCAACAUCGAGCCACUAUUUGACCGGCUGCUCAUUUUCUGGUCUGACCGGCGGAACCCCCACGAGGUGAAGCCAGCCUAUGCCACCAGGUACGCCAUCACCGUCUGGUAUUUUGAUGCCAAGGAGCGGGCAGCAGCCAAAGACAGAUACCAGCUAGCAUCAGGACAGAAAGGUGUCCAAGUGCCCGUGUCACAGCCGACUACGCCCACUUAA